AUGAGGCGUUGGCCGCGAUGGCUGCCAACGUGGCGAAGAGGGAUGGCCACUUUGUUGGAGAAGGCCGCGAAGGUCCAAAGCUUGACCCCGACCAAGUCCUUGGCCAUGUUGGGCGAAGUCACCAGCCAUGCGGUGAAGGAUGGCCAGGUGCCGGACUUGCUACAAACUCCAGUCUUCGCAUCCCUGUUGGAGCGGGUGGAGAAUCGCUUGUAUGGCUUUGCAGUGCAUGAGGUCUACCUGCUGGUUCUAUGCAUUUGUCGCACUUUUGCAGCUUCCAAGGUGUCUCCUGGGGACCAACACGCGGGGCGUUUGUUAAAGUCUGCGGUGGAACAACUCUCUGAAGAUUUGGAGGAGCUGAGCUGUGCGCAAGUGGUGCAGCUCAUGCAGCUCAGGAAGUACGUGAACCAGGUGGAACCCGACCAAGAGUUCUGGCAAGCACUACAGCAGGCAAUGCUGCGGCUACUUCGUGGUGCUGAGCUGAGUCCGAAGCUCUUGUGCCUGGCGCUGGAAGGGCUCAAGACAUGGCCCAAAGAUCUCGUCAACCCCAAGCUAGUUGAAGAACUGGUCAAUGCUACAGGGAGAUCUUUGGAUGACUUCUCUUCAAAGCAGUUGGUGCUGCUGGGAGUGAAUCUGACCACCCUGGGGGUUCAGGAGGAGGUUGUCUCUCAGAUUGCUGAGAGGCUGCGCCUAGCUAUGCCAUUGCUGCCACCACGGCAGCUAUGCUUGGUGCUGGAGAUGGCAGCACUAAGUGCCGUGCCACAGGCGCUGGAGAACUUCUUGCCUCGCUGUUUGGAAGUGGCGCAUAGCUUCCUCGCGCCCGAGGCCGUACGUGUCCUGAGGGCUAUGGCCUGUCUGGGCAUCUUUUCAAAGGACUUGGUGAUUCUGCUGCUGAUGCAGGUCUCCAAGGUGCCCCGCAGCUCGUUGACAGAUGCGGAGGAUCGUGCCCUGCACCAGGUCAUGCUGAGCUUGUUGCAUGACCCAUCGGCCUCUGAACUCAAAGAUGCCAUCGCCAGCAGCAACGAGCUAUGGGAGAGUUGCUACAGGCCAGAGGAAGCGGUGCUGGAAGCCACCGAUCCCAAGGCCUUAGAAGUGAUGAAAGAUGUGCCAAUGGCUUUGGAGGCAGCAGGGGUGCAAGUGGCCUCUACUGGCCAUGGUCACAUUAUCCAGCGCUUCUAUUGGUGCCCGUUGAUGCUUCAGAUGCAAGAUGGCAGUUGGUUCGCGCUGGAUCUCGAGCCCUCCGAGCGAGAGGCGGACUGCGGCCGGUGGACGAGGGAGGUUCACAUGGAACUGACCUUCGAUGGCCGUCCUGGACAAUACAGGGAAUUCAGGCGAAAGGUGAUUCUCAGUGUUGCCGCCUUAGAGGACAAACAUCAGUAUCUUGCUGGUCCCAAGUUACUUAGCAGGUUAUCUGGUGAAGCUUGGCGUUGCACUGAACACUUAUCAAUUGCAGAUGUUCGCUCUGACCGUGGAUGGUUAACUGUGCUGGAGUGUUUAGACAAGCACUACCGGCACUUACCUGAAGUUGAGCUGCACGAGUCAAUUGAUGAUUUCUUAUUUCACCUGAAGAAACGUCCACACGAAGGUACAACAGCUUUUUCUGCAAGGUUCAAGACAGCUUUGUCAAGGUUGGAAACAUUGAUUCAUUCUGAACGGGAAGCUUCCAAAACAAAGAGACGCAAACGUGGUGAUGACAAACGACGUCUUACACCUGCCUCUCCUGUUGAAAGCUCAGUGAAAGACUCAUAUGAUUCUCCAGCCAACGGUUCGGAAGCUGCUGAACAAACUGAUGAUACAGAAGGAGAUCCACCAUCGGCACCAAGAGCCGAGCCAACUGAAACUGCCGCAGCAGGAACUCCUGGAACUGAAGAACCUCAGGCCUCCCCUAGUAUGCCGAAGUCCGGAUCCAAGCCAGCAUCCGAGAAGAGUGCAAAGUCUGAGAAAAGUGGAAAAAGUUCCAUGAAGUCUUCCAAGAAGCAUUCAACUGGCACAGAAAAAGGUGAUGCCGAGAAAGCUCAGAUGGCUAUGCGCCGUAUGCUGGGUACACUGGAACCUUCUCAUCGUAAGCCGAAGCCAAUAUUUCCUCAGUCGGUUUUGGGUCAUCUUUUCAUGAGAAAGUUUGGACUGAAUCGUGAACAGCGAGCCUUGGUGAUUCGAUCAACAGGUGGCAGUUCGAGAUUUUUGGAUGUCGAACGCAUUCUCAGGGCUUCAGAUUUGGAAGAUCAACGCAGUGAUGAUCGCCGUCUAGCUAAGCCUCAGUUGAAGCCUGGAAAAAGAGACACCUUUGCUGUUCAGGAGAAUGAUCCCGAAAGCUCUUCAAUAGAGAUGCCCAUGAGUGAAACUGAUGAAAGUAUUGGUGAAGUUUUUGCAGAAGAAGAAGUCGUUGAAGACGAAAAUGAAAAUGAGUUAGCAGAAGUGUAUGAAAUACAGAAGAAGGCAAAACGUGACUUCAAGAGAAACUUCAAGACGUACAAGGAGACAAAGAAGAAGGUCAAAGAGUUGAAGAAGUCCCGUGUUGGUCCCUCAUACUAUCCAGUGGUUGCUGUGCCUCCAGAUGGAGCUUCCUCUGCAGCGGGUAGUCAACAGACCAAUGUCAAGCCUUUCAAAAGUGAUCGCAAGGACCAAUCCAGAAAGAAGGGUGAUGGUCGUGGUUUCAAGCCAUCCAGCCGUAAAGAAGAUGCCAACUUUACCCAAGCUGAAAUGGUUACCCAGUUCAACUACAUGGUCACAGAAGUUGUUUCUGCGGUAGAAAUGGAAUCCUCAUCCAUGGACAUGUUUUUGGCCUCCAUCCCACAGGGUUAUGCCAUCAUCGACACAGGUUGCACGACAUCAGUCAUUGGCCAGGAAUCUGCAACAGGUAUGAUCAAGUUUUUUGAGGAGAACGGUUUUCCACGUCCUCAAGAAGUAACUAUGCCUGCGGUGGAGCUGAAAGGUUUCAAUGGCAAGACCGAGACCACCACUCAAGGUCUUAGAUGGACUGUUUGCCUGGGGAAUUUACAGGGUUGCAUUACCACUUAUGUUAUUCCUGGAAUGACCCCUUUCCUGCUGUCGAGACGGGUUUUAGAAGCCAUGGAAGCAGUUCUGGAUUUGAAACAAAGAACCAUUUCAAGCAAGAAGCACGGGUUGGAUCGUUUUCCACUACGUCAAGCCUCAAAUGGACAUCUCCUUCUCCCUUUGUGUGUUCCCAAAGAUGAUUUGGAAGUCGCACAAUGCGAUCACGACACCGUCAAUGAGCCCAAUGAAUCCGAAGUAGCGUCCACCGAGUGCCAGGACCAACUGCCGGGCGACCAGAAGCCCAAACAUGACAAACAUGUUGCCAAGCCAUCCAAACAUGUUGUAAAGAAUAAGAAAGCCUCCAUAGAUAAGAAACGUGCGUUUCAGGGAAUAGUGAAGAACACUAAGAAUGGGGUAGUUGAUGUGGGGCAACAUGCAAAAGCUUUGUCAGUUGUUUUUGGUGUUCCGGAAGGACAAAUAAUCCAUGCAGCUGUGGCCUAUAAACCUCGUAAGGAAAGAAUGCCAACAACUGCCAGCCAGGAAGCAUAUGAUUGUUCCGUAGCCUCUCUCGAGCUUUGUGGAACCCUCAAUGUUGCACCCUGGAGGAUCAGACCACCUUCCCAAGAUCGCCGUCCAGUUCAUGCCAUGAGUGUAGCAAUUUUUGCUUUCCGAUCGCCAGAGAUGCCAAGCGAAUCUGCCGAAGAACCAGCCAUGCCAAGUUGUGACGAACCCGCAUGCUUUUGUUGCAGCCAACAUGAUGAAAUGGGUCCCCCAAGUAAGGGUAUAGAUAUCCCCGUAGAAUCUCUAUAUGAAGAAGUCAGUUGGGUGGAACUAGGUGAGCAAAAACCUCUUCCAGAGGACACAGCCAACAGCCUGCUCAAGAGCAUUGGGUCAGUCCGCAAAGCCAACUUGCGCAUGACCCUGUCACGACUGGCCACCGAGCCCAAUAAGGUGAAGGCCGAGCUGAAGCAAUGGUUAGGUGAUCAAUCUCAUGUCUUGGAUAAAAAGGUGGGUCUUAUAGAAGUGUUCACAGGCAAAGCCAAACUGUCUGAAGUCUUUGAGAAACAGACCGGACUUGCCAGCAUCCGUCUCGGACUCCAGUUCGGCCAAGACUUCACCCGUUUGCAUGACCGUAGAUGCCUUUUGCUGCUGAUAGCGUUUUGCAGACCACGACAUGUGUGGUUCAGCUUUCCGUGCAAGCUUUGGGGUCCCUGGACUAGGAUGAACCUCAACAAAAGCCACAGCACCUUUGAGAAGAUCAUGAGUGAACGAGCUGUUGCACGUCGCUAUUUGCACAAUGUAUCAGAAGCCUGGAACCUCCAAAUCUUGCUAGGUGGACAUGCCCACGCAGAAAACCCUUUGGCAUCUCAGGCAUGGGCCGAGUUACAAUUGGAAAAUGCAUGGGAAGUCCGCAUAGAUCAGUGUGCCUUGGGACUUCGAUCACCGAAAUCCGACCUGCCUGUUUUGAAACCGACCCGAAUUGUAACCAGCGAUGCCGCCCUGGCUGCUGGACUUGAGAGCUGUCGGUGUGAUGGUCGGCAUCAGCAUGAGCACCUUGAAGGUACGUUCAAAGGUAGGAAUUUGACCAGUUGGGCUGAAUCAUACCCCCUCAAGUUAUGUAAGCAUGUAACCGAAUACCUUUGUCAAGCUCUUGAACCAUGUAGCAAGCAUGAAAAACAUGUUGAAGAGAUCCUCGCCGAAAGCUUGGACGAGCUUGCAGAGAUGGGAGAUGAUGCUAACUUGGAGGGCGUGCCUGAAGUUAACCAACAACUCAGCCUUGAAAUGCAGCGUGCAAAAGCACUGGUUCAUAAAGUUCAUGUGAACACUGGCCAUUCUUCCCCAGAACAGCUUAUGAGACUUGCCAACAGGUGCCAAUCAUCUGAAGCCGUCAAACAGGCAAUCAAGGAAUUCAAGUGCUCAGUGUGCGAAGAGAUGAAAUCCCCGCCACUGCAUAGGAAAGCCGCCAUCCAACAUGCAGAGAGCCCAAACCACAUUGUAGGAGUUGAUUACGUUCAAGUUGAACUUCACCGUGAAGAUGCAUCCGGAAGGGUAAAAGAAAUCAAACGCAAUGUGCUCACUGCAGUUGACCUUGCCACUGAUUUUUGCCAGCAGAUCGUAGUGUCGCCUGGUCCGCAUGGUUUGUCAAAGGCCUUCCACCAACUGUGGUCCAGACCAUAUGGAGUUCCCAAAGUGAUCUACAUGGACCCUGACCAUAGACUGGUGUGGGUGUCCUACAACGGUUACAUGUACCGUUGCUCUCCAGAAGGCCUCAGACCACUUCCUGCGGAUGAAGCUGCAUUCCGUGAACUCACAAAAGAACUUGCUGUUGGCCAAUUGGCCCCCGACAUGGAGCGUGCAGAUGAUCAGCUGAAACGUCACUUUGGUUCAUACAUAGACUUGCUUCCCUCCAAACCUGAAGACCUAGACAUGGAACUUGAAGAUGAUGUUGAAAGAGAACCUGAAGAGCCCGAUCCACAUGCGGAGGGCGGUCCUAGGAAAAUCAGGCGAAGGUUUUACAGGUCAGAAGAAUACUGGAGAAAACGUGCAGCUGGUAUGCCGCCAUCAGGACCUUUGCAAGAAGGCCCACAGCCGCAAGUCAUCCGAAACAUGGAUGAAAUUCAUGAUGCCGAAGAUCCGACGCCGCCUGAGGACUCUCAUGUUGACAAAAGGCGUAGGGUGACGAUAGAUUCUGAUGUUGAAGAACAAGAAUAUGAACCUUCCAUAGGUGAAACUCCCACAGGUGAUGUUCCUUCUCCCAACGUUGAAGAUGUUAUGGAAGAUGCGCCGCCAGGCGAGUCAGAAUCGGCAGUGCCACCCGAACAGGAUCAUGUCAUGGAAGACUUGCAACGUGCUGUAGAAACACCUGUGCCGGAUGGUGAUGAUGAAAGCCUUCAUGUCACCGGCAAAACCUCUGGCCGAAGGGACGAAGUCCUUGAAGUGUCGCUGAAUGUCAUGCCAGAGGACAUAACUGAUGACCCACUGUGUCUCUGGGGAGUCUUAGAUGAAUGCUUGCAGGUCACUCCACAUGCCAAACAACAAGCCAAGCAACGCCGUGUUGAAGCUGGGGAACGAGAUCCAAUGGUGAAAGCCAAGGCAUUCCAAGCCUUAAUGCUGGAGACGAUUCAAGGGAUAACACCAAAGCAGUUCAGAGAGAUGACCCCUGAAGAUCCAGCAGGUUUAGUCUUGGACAGCAAAGGUUUUUAUGAUGCUGUUACCCGAAGUCAGAAGGUGCUCAAUGCCUUCCGUAACACGUUGACGCCGAAAGGUAACCAUGUGCCGGACAUGUACAUGCUGGGUGAAAUGAAAAAGAUGUAUGAGACCGAGAAGGGGUACCUCAAUGUGAACUCCACCAUGUCUGACGCAAGCAAGCGUCGCCUUUCCGAGGAUGCCAAGGAAGCCGAAGAUGAGGCUUCGAUCUCAGAUUGGAGCACAUGUGGAUUUGAAGGACCUUCGAAGGUCGAGAAUGCAUGUUUGGUUGGAGCCCUGAAGCCUCCCACCGAGAAGCCCUAUAUGCUUCAUGUUCACCGCCAUAUCAACCCUCCGGAGAAGAAUAUGACUUUCUCACUGUGGGGAAAUUCGGUGUGCCAGAUGCCGAAGGUGGCAGAAUUGAAGCUGAGCUAUUUGGAGCUCAUCCAGUUGGCCUCCACGGACACAGAGAUCAAAGAGUACUUGAUGUGGGUGAAGAAUAGAUAUGGAACCGAGAACACAGGCAAUCCCAAAGGAAAGAUCACCCCAGCAGUUGAUCUUGCGAUGUUCUUAGAAGCCGUGGACUGGAAUGGAGAUUCAAUGGUGGAGAAGGGAUCCAUGACCUUUAGCCGCAAGCUGAAGGACGUUGAUCUGCUGUUUGCACGUUUGAAGCAAAGGCACUUGGAGCUUUGGGGCAUUCGACUUCUUUGGAGGAGCUUGAAAGACCCUGGAGGCGACCUUUCAGAUCUGAGCGACUGA